ACGUGCCCACUCCACCAAUCAGUGCCUCGCACAUCCACACCUCGCCGCCCAUGAAUUCGCUCGCUUUCCCUCGAUGCUGCCCGUCACCGCUGACGCCGGCCUCCACCUCUUCCCCCGUCACCUCUUACGCUCCAUCAUCGGCGAGUAUAAAGAUUCGCCGCUCGCGCCGCGCCGCUCACCGCAUCGCCGUGCAGAAGCCCACCCGAAUCGUCGCCAUGGCAGCCACCGCACCGCCGAGCUCCGUCAAGGAAGUGCUCCCGUCUCCCCUCACCUCCGCCUCCGAGCCUCCUCCCCUCUUCGACGGCACAACCAGGUUGUAUGUUGCGUACCACUGCCCAUACGCGCAACGCGCUUGGAUUGCCAGGAACUACAAGGGUUUGCAGGACAAGAUCAAGAUAGUCGCGAUCGAUCUUGCUGAUAGGCCAUCAUGGUAUAAGGAGAAGGUUUAUCCAGAGAACAAGGUGCCUUCCCUGGAGCACAACAACCAGGUGAAAGGAGAGAGCUUGGAUUUGGUUAAGUACAUUGACAGCAAUUUCGAAGGCCCAUCAUUGCUUCCUGAUGAUCCUGCAAAGCAGCAAUUCGCUGAGGAGCUGCUCGCUUAUACCGAUGCAUUUAACAAAGCACUAUACUCAUCUAUACUCUCCAAGGAAGAUGUGUCCGAGGAAUCUGUUGCUGCUCUGGAUAAAAUAGAAGAGGCCCUGGGGAAAUUCAACGACUGCCCGUUCUUCCUCGGUCAGUUCAGUCUGGUGGACAUAGCAUAUGUACCAUUUAUUGAGAGGUUUCAGAUAUUCUAUUCCAACAUCAAGAACUAUGAUAUCACGAAGGGCAGACCCAAUCUUCAGAAGUUCAUUGAGGAAGUGAACAAGAUCGAUGCAUACACACAGACUAAACAGGACCCACAGCUUUUGCUUGAGCACACGAAGAAGAGACUUGGGAUUGCCUAGAGCCUGUGACCAAGGAUGAAACUCUCGCUAUGGCAUUACCAUCAUAGACUUGAAUAGUAGAUCCAGACUCAUUUGUAUGCUUGAAUGUUAUAUGCAUUGUUUACAAUAAGACAUGUCCUUCUAUGCUGGUCGUGCUUUUGAGAAUAAACUAUAGUUGUCAGGGAUUAAGCUUUGUAGUGCAUCAUCAUCAGUGUGCUACUCGACAUGAAGGAGAUGUAACGAUGUGCAGUGUGCUGUUAAAUGUUGCUGAUUUCAAUAUAUCAGUGCUCCUCUCAUAUUAAUAUU